UGAUAGUAAGUACAUUGUAAAUGCUCUGCAUUACCUUUCUAAUUUGCAUCACAGAAGGUUUUAUACCUAUAAAUACGUCCUUGUAGAGUUGAAUUUAUUGUUACUUAGAAAUUUGAUAUUAAAUUUAGGGGAAAAUUUCCCCAAAUUCUAUUUGAAGCCACUGCAUUUUAUUCAAGAUUAGGGAAUCAGGAUGGGUGUCUGGAAAUGAGCACAAAAGGUUACAAGAAUAAUCAUAAUAUCAUCCAGCUACUGUAUGUGGAGCACUGGCCAUGUGCCAGCACCCUAGAAGUGCCUUACAUACAUUACGUGUUAUCUUCAUGAAGACACUCAAACUAGGCAGUGAUGAGAAAACUGGGACUCAGAAAAGUGAAAUAAUUUGCUCAGGUUCACAUAGCUCAUAAGUGGUACAGCCAAAUGAGAACUUUUUUUUUUCUUUUACCUACAGGGCAGUGCUGUUUUGGAAAGAUGACCAAAGAAAGACCAUGGAAGGGGAAGGGGAAGGGCUUGAGGCAGGCACAACCCUGGUAGGGGGGAAGGCCUCUUGUAAGAAAGUGUAAGCGUGUAAGGCAAGAGAACUGAGUGUAGCAGAUGUCAGUUUGGUACCAGAAAGGGAUGAGAGAACCCGGUGUCCCAAUGUAAUGCAUCUUAAUUUCUGACUUUACAAAUACUAAACCCAAUUGGCAAGCAUUUGUAUACUAUCAUUUACUAUCACCAAAACAUAACUUUCUUUUUCUCACAGCAUCCAUGUUAUGAUUAAACUCCUUGCAUGAUGUUGGUUAAAACAAACAAACAAACACAAAAAAUCCCACAAACAAGCCUUGCAGGAGCAGUGUAGGCCCUUAUUUAGGAAGGAAAAGAAUACAUAAAUGAUUCAUCUCUAAAUUGGUAUAGAAUUGCUUAGUGCUUUCCUUUAACCUUUAGUUUUAAUUUGGUUUAACCUUUAGUUUCAGGUUUAGCUAUGCCUUCCAGUGACUCUAAUGACAGGGAAGCUGUAAAUGGAAUUGAGUUAAGUUCCUGCAAAAAGUGAAUAAUCAGGCACAGAAAAGCCAUUUCUUCAAUAUAAAGGGUGGAAAGAGCAAAUUAAAGACUAGUCUUUAAUAACCAAAUGUAAUUAAAAUGCAUUGUGAGAUUUAUGUUUUAGUACCUCAGAGGCAUUGAUAUGGCCUGUUUCUGAAAUGAGAUUGCCGAUUCCAAAAAAAAAAAGAAAGAAAACCAGCCUUCAAUAUAUAGAAAAUUCUCAUAACCUCUUCCUCUCCUUUUAAUUGUGAUAUUCUCAUGUAAUUUACAGGGUAAAAGAGAAAUGUGUCUCUGGAGGAAUUUGUAAACAUACUUAAGGUUUUGUCACUUACGGAGCUUUAAGCCGAAGCAUUCUUUUUCUAUAAUCAAGUAUCAUUUAGAAAAUGACAAUAUUUAUUAAGUUCCUUGGAGUGUUUUCAGUGGUACAAAUCAAACCCUCCUCUUUUUUUUUCUCCUGGAGUAGUUCAGUUGCUUAACUACAGUCAUUCAAAGGAGAGGCAGUUUGGCUUAUUACUGACAUUCUGGUUUCUCCUUUUAUGAGGCUGGUCAUGUGGGCAAAGUGGCAGCCUGGCUGUCAGACAUUCCUGUUGAGCUUCUGCUCAUCCCUCCAAGGCCAUAAGAAGUGGAGAGGAGGGACCCCAGAAGUGUUUCUCUGGGCAACUGGCUGGAGGACUCAGGACAGCUAGUUUCCAUUGCAGGGGCUGCAGGCCCUGGUAUACAAUGGAGAGCAAGGGGGCUGCACAGCCCUGGGUUACCCCACUUCAAUUCCCUGAUCCCAUUUUUCAUUUCAUUUCCCUACCCGCAUCCCCAAAGCAUUAAUGAUAUAAUAGUGAGAGGCUACGGACAUGCUGAGGGCUGCAGUGAUCCAUGUAUUCCUUAUUCAGGAGUCUUACCCUGAAUGCAUCUGUAUGCAAAUUAUAGAGAGGGUAGAAUCAUGAUUGUUUAUGUCAACAAAAAGUGUUAUCAGUUAAAAAAUAAUACAACACUAGAUUGAAAGUAGCAAUAGCUGGAUUCUACUGUCUUCCUCCGACCUUGAAAAAGACAUAUAACUCCUCUGCAAGUCUCUUCUCGAGACCUGGGGUAAUGUGUGUUUUCUAGUGCUGUUGUGUGGAUGAGGUAACAUACAUGAAGUGUUCUGAACUCCUUAAGGAACGAUGUCCAAGCAGUGAAAUGCAAUGCAGUUAUUACAGUAAAGACAGUGAGGUGGAGGAGGGGGAGACAGAUCUACAUUUUCUUCCUUAAUCUUCUAAUCUUUUCAGAUGCUGGUGAGUCCUUUGAGUCCCCUCUCUGCUCCUUAGAUUGCAGUGGGGGGGGGGGUUCCGAGCUGAGGUGCAGGAAGAAUGCCCUGUACCCUCUGAAACUGUGUUCAUCAGGAAGGCCUUUGCAGGCAUCACCCAGUGUGUUGUGCUAGGGGAGCGCAGGAUCUGCAAAUAGAAGAAGGCAUCUCUCUCCCCUCCGCAGGCCGAGCACAGGAAGCCAUGGACUGUGUGUGCCUCCAGGGCUUGGCUACUCCUCCUUCACAGAACCCACGGCCCGGUGCCCGGGCUCCUCUGACCACCCUUGUUGAGAAAGGAAAGUGAAUCCAAAGAGGCCAGUGCUUCCCAAGGAGCUUGUGAAGUCCGGCUGACUGGAAGUCCUUUUGGAUUGGCCCAGCAGUGUGAGCACAGUUGUUACUGCCCCAUCAGCCAUGUCCUUCAGUGCCACCAUUCUCUUCUCCCCUCCCAGUGGCAGCGAGGCCAGAUGCUGCUGCUGUGGCUGUAAGAGUGAGACUGGUGGGGGCAGUGCAGGCUCUCAGGGCGGGAAUCCUCCUCCCAGCACCCCCAUCACAGUGACUGGACACGGCCUGGCCGUUCAGAGCUCAGAGCAGCUCCUGCAUAUUAUCUACCAGCGGGUGGAUAAGGCGGUGGGGCUGGCUGAAGCCGCUCUGGGGCUUGCCAGGGCCAACAACGAGUUGUUAAAACGUCUCCAGGAGGAAGUGGGUGAGCUAAGGCAAGGGAAAGUGUCCACCCCUGACGAAGAUGGGGAAAGCCGGGCACAUAGUUCCCCACCUGAGGAGCCUGGGCCUCUCAAGGAGAGUCCUGGGGAAGCCUGCAAGGCUCUGUCUGCCGUGGAAGAGGAGUGUGACAGUGUGGGCAGCGGCGUGCAGGUGGUGAUCGAGGAGCUGCGGCAGCUGGGAGCAGCCUCGGCUGUGGGGCCUGCGCCUCUGGGCUUCCCAGCCACGCAGAGAGACGUGCGUCUGCCGGGAUGCACGCUGGCAGCCAGCGAGGGGGCCCCGCUGCUCAAUCCCCUGGUGGAUGACUAUGUGGCCUCUGAGGGUGCAGUACAGCAAGUGCUGGUCCCUGCUUAUGCCAAGCGGCUUUCCCCAGCCACACAACUGGCUAUCCAGCGGGCAACCUCAGAGACAGGGCCAGAAAAUGGAACCAAGCUGCCACUAACCCGCCCCGAGGACAUGCUCAGUGUUGCUGCUGCAUUGGAUGGUGCCUUGGAAGAGUCAGGCCCUGGGAGCACUGGGGAGCUGAGACACCUUCUAGCAUUUACUGCUUCCCCGUGCAGGACCAGAGGAAGCGGGCAGAAGAAUUCCAGGCGCAAGCGGGAUCUGGUACUCUCCAAAUUGGUCCACAAUGUGCAUAACCACAUCACCAAUGACAAGAGAUUCAAUGGGUCUGAAAGCAUCAAGUCCUCUUGGAAUAUUUCAGUAGUGAAGUUUCUUCUGGAAAAGCUCAAGCAGGAGCUGGUGACUAGUCCCCACAAUUACACUGAUAAGGAGCUGAAAGGAGCCUGUGUGGCCUACUUCCUUACUAAAAGGCGUGAGUACCGCAACUCCUUGAACCCCUUUAAAGGCCUAAAGGAAAAAGAGGAGAAGAAACUUCGAAGUCGCCGAUACCGGCUUUUUGCCAAUCGAUCCAGCAUCAUGAGGCAUUUUGGACCUGAGGACCAACGCCUGUGGAAGGAUGUGACAGAAGAGCUGAUGUCAGAUGAAGAGGACAGCCUUAACGAGCCAGGUGUCUGGGUGGCCCGCCCUCCCCGUUUCCGGGCCCAGCGCCUCACAGAGCUCUGCUACCACCUGGAUGCUAACUCUAAACACGGCACCAAAGCCAACCGUGUGUAUGGGCCUCCCUCGGACAGAUUGCCUUCUGCUGAAGCCCAGCUCCUUCCACCAGAACUUUACAAUCCUAAUUUCCAAGAAGAGGAAGACGAGGGAGGCGAUGAGAAUGCACCUGUCUCCCCAUCUUUUGACCAACCUCACAAAACCUGCUGUCCUGACUUGAACUCGUUCAUUGAAAUCAAGGUGGAAAAGGAUGAAUGAACUGUGUAGCUGCAAAUAACUGGCUUCUGCCACUCCCCAUGUCCCAGAAAUGGACAGCCAGGGGGCUUCCCAGAGUAAUGAGGUGCCCUCUGCAGUCUGAGAAAGCAAUUUGCCUCUCUUCUUACCACAGUCUCCACUGGAAGUGGAAGCUGGAAGAUAUGGUGGGAUAAAAGAAUUUAUCUAGAAGGGGAGAAACUCCCUCCAUUGUGAAUGGCAAGCCAGAAAAUGCUUAUUCCUCAGCAUAAACAGUGCCUCAGAGGAGGAGCCUGGGAUGAGAAAAGGAGGAGGAUGGGUCUAAGAAACAUGAGGCCUUCUUGACAUA